AUGCCGCUGCUGGAGGAAGUGAUCCCGGAGAACAUCAGCUGGGCUGCUGAGGAAGCCCAGGGCAACGAAUCCUCAGAGCACACGUUUUUCUCUCUGGAUUAUCAACAUGUUCAAGUCCCCUUUGAAAUCACACUCUGGAUCAUGCUUGCAUCCUUGGCCAAAAUAGGGUUUCAUCUAUAUAACAAGCUGCCUUCCGUUGUUCCCGAAAGCUGUUUAUUGAUAUUUGUAGGACUGAUCAUGGGGGGAAUCAUCUACGGCUUGAAUGACAAGUCACCGCCUGUUAUGGACAGUGACAUCUUUUUCCUCUACCUGCUGCCACCCAUCGUCCUUGAUGCAGGGUACUUCAUGCCCAGCCGUCCCUUUUUUGAGAACAUCGGCACUAUCCUCCUCUAUGCAGUUGUGGGGACAAUAUGGAAUGUAUUUGGGAUUGGCUUUUCCCUGUAUGGGAUCUGCCAGGUGAAAGCCUUUCACCUGCAGGACGUGUCGUUGCUCCACAACCUCCUGUUUGGCAGCCUGAUCGCUGCCGUGGAUCCCGUGGCGGUGCUAGCGGUUUUUGAAGAGAUACACGUCAAUGAAAAGCUACACAUUUUGGUCUUCGGUGAAUCGCUCCUGAAUGACGCGGUGACAGUGGUGCUUUACAAGCUAUUUCGAUCUUUCUGUGAAAUGCCAACCAUCAAAAGUGUGGAUGUUUUUGCUGGAGUUGGAAAAUUCUUUGUGGUUGGGUUAGGAGGAGUUUUAGUAGGUCUUAGUUUUGGGAUGACCGCCGCCUUUACCACGCGAUUCACUAAGGAUAUCCGUGUCAUUGAACCGUUCUUUGUCUUCCUGUACAGCUAUCUUUCCUACCUCACCGCUGAAAUGUUUCACCUUUCAGGGAUUGUUGCCAUCAUUGCUUGUGCCAUGGGCAUGAAACGUUAUGUGGAGGCCAACAUCUCUCUGAAGUCUCACACCACAGUCAAAUACUUCAUGAAGAUGUGGAGCAGCGUUAGCGAUACCCUUAUCUUCAUCUUUCUUGGAGUUUCCACCAUUGGAGAAAAUCAUGAGUGGAACUGGCCAUACAUUUGCUUCACUAUCAUUUUCUGUCUCAUUUGGAGAGCACUAGGGGUUCUCGUGCUGACUUUCUUUGUGAACAAAUUUCACGUGAACACCAUUACCGGCAAAGACCAGUUCAUUAUAGCGUACGGGGGCCUCCGAGGAGCCAUUUGUUUCUCUUUGGUUUUCUUACUUCCUGAUUUUCGCAGAAAGAAGCUGUUCAUUGCAGCAACAACUGUUGUCAUCCUCUUCACUGUGUUCAUACAGGGAAUGACUAUCCGUCCUCUUGUUGACUUGCUGGCUGUCAAGAAGAAAAGAGAGAGUGCUCCCACAGUGGGAGAGCAGAUCCAUAUUCGGUUCUUGGAUCAUUUGCUGGCUGGCAUUGAAGAUAUAUGUGGACACUGGGGACAGUAUUACUGGAAAGACAAAUUAGAAUAUUUCAACAGCAAAUACCUGCAGAAGAUCCUGCUUCGUGAAUACGAUCAGCCAAAAUCCAGCAUCGUGCUUCUCUAUGAAAAGCUGGAGCGGAAGCAUGCCAUCGAGCUGGCAGAAGCAGGGCAGCUGGGUCAUGCCCCGUCUCACCCAUCCUUGCUGACUGUCAUAACGGACAAAAAAUUGGAGGAUACUCUGAAUCCGGAUAUCCUGGAAAAUAUACAGGAAAUAUUGGCAAGGAACCUGUACCGAAUAAGGAGAACGGGGCCGGCAUACAACAGGCACACCCUUCCCGGAGAGACAGAGCACGUGGAGCAUGCCAAGGAGAUCCUGAUCCUCCGGCACAAAAGCCUGCAGGUGGAAGCAAGCAGAAGUGACCCAGCCAGCUCCAGCAAGGAGAAGGAAGACUCCUAUUCAGCGCAGGGCGACUCCAGCACGCAGCCCAGGCUGUGCCGCUCCUUCACGGCGGGGAACGCAGAAAAGGUUCGGGAAGUGAAACAGAAUCGGUCGAAGUCGGUGUGUGUCAUCCCACCUCUGCAGCCCAGCGGUACGGCCUGGGGUGAGAAGAAAGGAAUGGAGAAAGAGCUGACUUUGGAGAUGUAA